AUGAGCGCGCGCAAGGAGCGCGCGGCGCAGGAGAUCGACCACCUCGCGUACGUCCUGCGCGGGCGCGACGGUCCCGAGACGCGGAGCGCGCGACUCGGGGACAAUCGAUUCGAUUUCUUUCGAGGGAAAGAUUUCUAUCGCGUCCUGCGCGAGCGCGUCGACGUGCUCGAUGAGUACUGCGCCGUGGACGAGAGGCAGCGGCGAGAGAUGGAGGCGGACGCGGCGAAGCGAGACGAGGUGAACGCGAUGCGGAUAAAGCACUGCGGGGCGUGCCUGCUGCAACGGGGAUACAUCGUGCGGUGCGAGCGAGAGAUAAAACACGCGCGAAGCGGACGGGUGAAGCUGGUCAAGUUUCCGCAUUACCUGAUGCGAACGCGCGAUCAGACGUUCGUGGAGGAUGCGUUCUACGCGUGGACGUACGAGAUGCCGAUGAGCUGGAAGAGCGUGGUGCUGAGCGGAUUGUUCGCGGUGUUGGUGGUGGCGAUGUGCUUGUUUCCGCUGGCGCCGAUUUGGUUUAAAAAGUUGAUCCUGUACGUGUGCGUGGCGAUUUUGGUGACGUUUGCGGUGAUUUUCACCGUGCGGUUGGUGGUGUUCGUGGUGGUGUGGAUCUUUACCGGGGAACACUUUUGGAUCAUGCCGAAUCUGACGGACGAUACGGUGCCGAUUAACGAAAUCUUUUCGCCGAUGUGGGCGUUUGACGCGGAGGCGAAAAAGAUCGGUUUGGCGCAGCGCUUCGUGAGUUUGACCGUCGGCGGAGCGUUGGUGUACGGCCUGUACUCUUACGCGCCAGAAACCGGCGGCGCGGUGGCCAACUUGAACAGGGCGCACGAUUCCAUUUUGGACUUGUUCAACCUCAAGGACGGACCGAAGAGUUUGGGCGGCGGCGCGAACGCGACGGCGAACGCCACGAACGAGGGGAACGCCACGGUCGAGAUCGAGGUGAACGCGACCGUGGUGGAUGACGCGAACGCGACGAACGCGACGAACGCGACCGUGAUUCCGAGCCUGGACGAGAUUCUGGCGGAGGUCGGCGACGUGGAAGACGACGAAGAGGAACGAGGAACGAGGGACGAACUUUAA